CACCAACUUUGGGUUGCUGAGUGGAUUGCCAUCCGUGUAUAUAAAACUUGACAUCUCAAUAAAUAAGAUUCUCAGAAAACAUCUAUGUCAGAGACAGUGGGCAGUAAAUAGAUGAAGCCAAAGAUGAGUGAGACCAGACGCUUCUUCAAGAGCUUACAGGCCCUGUGAGAGGAAGCAGGCUCCUACCAUGAACAUGGCCAGGAAUGUGGCAGACCUUCUGGCUUUGAGCCAGCAGGAAGAACUAGUGGAUUUGCCAGACAACUACCCAUUGAGUACAAGUGAAGACGAGGGGGACAGUGAUGGAGAAUGGAAAUGUCAAAAGCUCCUGGAAGCAGUCAAUUCCUUUGGUAGAAAGAAUAAAUGGAAGUUGGCAGAGAGAUCUGAGGCUAGUCUGAUGGUGUCAGAGUUCAAUGUUACUUCUGAAGGAUCAGGUGAAAAGCUGGCCCUUUCCGAUUUGCUUGGGUCUGCUACAGCAUUAUCUUCGUUGGGUGCUGUGAAAAAACAACUGCAUAGAGUCAAGUCAAAGACUCUGACCACACCCCUUAGCAAAGAAGAGGCUGACCGGACCGUCAGGGAAGCAGCAUUUAGCAAAACCUCACAAAUGCUCUCCAGGUGGGAUCCCAUCGUUCUGAAGAACCGGCAAGCAGAGCAGUUGGUUUUUCCCAUGGAGAAGGAGCCGCCAGCUGUUGCUCCCAUUGAACAUGUCUUCACUGGCUGGAAAGCAAGAACCCCCCUGGAACAAGAAAUUUUUAACCUUCUUCAUAAGAACAAGCAGCCAGUAACAGACCCUUUAUUGACUCCUGUGGAAAAAGCCUCCAUCAAAGCCAUGAGCCUGGAAGAAGCCAAGAUACGCCGAGCAGAGCUUCAGAGGACACGAGCUCUGCAGUCCUAUUAUGAGGCUAGAGCUCGAAGAGAGAAGAGAAUCAAGAGUAAAAAAUACCACAGAGUUCUAAGGAAAGGAAAGGCCAAGAAAGCCGUAAAAGAGUUUGAGCAGCUAUGGAAGGACUGCCCAAGUGCUGCAUUGCAAGAACUGGAAAAAAUGGAAAAAGUCAGAAUGACAGAACGGAUGAGCCUUAAGCACCAGGGCAGUGGGAAAUGGGCAAAGUCAAAGGCAAUUAUGGCCAAAUAUGACCUGGAGGCUCGAAAAGCUAUGCAAGAACAGUUGGCUAAGAACAGAGAACUGACACAGAAACUCCAGGUAGUUUCAGAGAGUGAGGAAGAGGAUGGAUGCACAGAAGAGGGAAUAGUCCCCGUCUCUGAUGGAAUGGAUGACCUACAAAUGAAUGCAGAUGGUAUAAAUCCCUGGAUGCUUAGCAGUUGCAACAGCAAUGCAGAAAGAGGUGAGAUCAAAACAGACCCUGAACAGAUGCCUGAAUUUGUGGCCCAUGUGUCUUCUGAGAAUGAGGGAGUUGAAAGACCAGUGACAGAAGAACCUGUGUUGAAAAAAAGAUCCUUUCAAGAAAGAGUUGAUUCCAGCAAUGCCAAGCCAAUGGUUGGCCAAGAAACAGAAGACUCUAAUAGCCAGGAGGUAUUAUCUGAAUCGAGAAUAUUGCUUCAGAAACUCAACAAGGAAAAUCAUCAAUCUGAGAAUCAAAAAGUGAGUUCACUGGAUACUGUUCUUCAUAUCCAGGAAGAGGACCUUGCCUCAGAGAAGUUCUUGGUGCUUCAAAGGCUAGAGAGAGCACAUGCUCUGGAACAACAAGGAGAGUUGGGCAAAGGGGGUCAUCCAAAAAGGGGGAUUUCUAGACCUGUUUUGAAAGGGGUGUGGAGGGAGGUGAACCCACCUACCAAACAUGAUACCCCUGGAGGGAAGAAAAAGAAGGAACAAAUGAUUGAUCUACAGAACCUCCUGACUACUCCAUCUCCUUCUGUGAAGUCUUUGGCAGUGCCCACAGUACAGGAGUUGGAAGAUGAAGUGGAGACAGACCACAAGCAGCUAAUAAAGGAAGCUUUUGCUGGGGAUGAUGUCAUAAGAGAGUUCUUAAAAGAGAAGAGGAAAGCUAUAGAGGCAAAUAAGCCAAAGGACUUGGACCUGUCAUUGCCUGGAUGGGGUGAGUGGGUUGGUAUGGGCCUGAAGCCCAGCGCCAAGAAAAGACGCCGUUUUCUUAUUAAAGCUCCUGAAAGUUCUCCAAGAAAAGACAAGAAUUUGCCAAAUGUGAUUAUCAGUGAGAAGCGCAACAUCCAUGCAGCUGCUCAUCAGGUGCGGGUGGUUCCACACCCAUUCACCCACCACCAGCAAUUUGAAAGGACUAUCCAGAACCCUAUUGGGUACACAUGGAACACCCAGAGAGCUUUCCAAAAGCUGACAGUUCCCAAGGUUGGCACCAAACUAGGCCAUAUCAUUGAACCCAUAAAAGCAGAAAAUGUAGGGUACCAAUCUUCCUCAAGGUCUGACCUUUCUGUCCUACAGAGCAAUCGGAAGUGCCUCUCCAGAAAGCAGCAAAAACAGCUGAAGAAAAGCUCUGCAGAUUGAGCUGCCAUUGGAGUAGCAUCUUUGUUCCUGGGACUAGGAACCUCUAGUGUUUCUCUUGGUUGCAUUAUUGUGCAUCAGGGACAUUUCCUAAAUGGACAGAACACUGUAUACUUAAGUCACAUUGUAGAAAUAAGGCAUUUUUAGCUAGUAAAGAGCUUACAUUUUGUUUUGCGAUAUAUGAUAAAUUUAGAAAUGAUUGAUUUAUGGGGAAAUGUAGAGUUCCUAUAUAGGUCCUGGCUUAGGGAGGGAUGAGUGGACAGAGGAAGCAUGGGUAGCAAAAAAUGCCAACUAGUUUAGAUAUUAAGUUAAUAGAUCCUGAUAUAGUGGCUCAUAUAUGUAAUCCAGCAUUCUGAGAGGCUGAGGAUCAUUUAGUUGGGCCACAGAAUGAGAACUUGGCUCAAAAAACCAAAACAAGUCAAAAGGAUUCUAGGAAGAAAGGCAGAAAGAACAAAUUUAGAGACUAGGAGAAGACAAGUUAAAGGUGCAUAGAAUUUAAGAAUAAAGUGUUGCACGGGAUACUAAGGUUAUAGUCUGCUAUGCUCGGAUAGCUUUCUUAGUGCAAAAUGGAGGACGCCCUUUUCUCAGUGUGUUUCUUCUUCUCCACCUGAUAUGGGGAACCUGACCCCAAUCUUCUACCUGAGAAAUGUCAUGUAAUCCUUGGAGGAAAUUACAGGUUCAAUUUCCUGGAAUGUCUUUCCAUGCAAAUGAAGUGUCCUCUGAACCUUAAACCUCAGCUAAUGAAACUUCACCUUAAGAAGAACCCCUUCCACCGGGCAGUGGUGGCGCACUCCUUUAAUCCCAGCACUU